AUGGCUCACGUGCAGAAUCCGUUCGACCUUCUGACGGGUGGAGGCGGCGCGGGCGGAGGUGCUGACGGAGGCUCCAAGAAUCGCCGAAACCGGAAGAAGAAGCAGCAGCAAUCUCAAGGAGACGACCAGCAGCAGCAGCAGCAGCCUCAGCAGCAGCCUCAGCAGCAGCAGCAAAAGCAGGAGCCGGAGGUGGUUCAACCUGCACCAACCGAACCUCAACCGCCAUCAGCCACGGCCGCUGCUUCGAUCGGCGAGCAGGCAGAUGCAGCUUCCCCCGCAGCUGCCUCUGCACCUUCCGUCGCACCUUCCGCUGCGAAGAAGAAGAAGGGGAAAGGCGCAAAGGCGAGGCAGCCUCGUUGGGGGGACGAGGAGGAGGAACCAGCCAAUGGCGCACUCGCUGCUCCUGAGAUCUCCUCCAAAUCGGCAGAAAAAGCCGCCGCGCCGGCAGUUACGCCGUCAUCUCCGCCGGCGGCCGGCACGGAAAUUCCGCUAAUCAAGGAUCCCAAGGCGUACGAGACGGGGGGCCUGAUGCCGGCGGAAUGGGGGGCGGAAACCGCGCGGGAGGAGGCGUGGCAGCAGGGCGGAAAGAGCAAAGGCGGAAAGCAGGCCAAAUCCGCGGGUGCCGCCGCCGGCGCGGCUCCAGCUGCGCGUGGCGGGAACAUCGGCGCUGCUGCUGCGCCUGCCCCGGGCGCGGGGGGAGCGAUCAGCGCGGAAGCUGCGGCGCUGGAGGCGGCGGCGGAGGCGUGCGGAAGGGAUGCGGAGGCGCGGGUGAGGCAGUGGCACGACUGGACUGUGCGCGCGCAACAACUGCCCGCGCCUGGCAUUGCGACGGCGUGGAAGGAGGUGCGUGGGAUAGGUGCACCUGCGGACGGAUUAUGUCGAGCUUUGGAGAAGACGGUGGAGAGCUGCAUCACGCUGCCUCUGUACCCCCACCACCUGCCGCACCUCCAGGCGCUUCUCUCCGUGUCCCUGGGCCAUCAGGAGGCGGCUCAGGUGAUUUCUCAGGUGGCAUCGGACCUGUCUCAGGUGCUAUCUGAGGAAGGCGCCACCCUGGGCCUCACAGGUGGAUCUGCAGGCAAGGGAGCAGCGGGAGGGGAUGUGCGUGCCGCAGCUGCUAAGGCUCUGGCUGCUGCGGUGACUGCAGUGAAGCUGGGCGGGUCAGGGUGGGCAGUGGAGCGCAUCGCAGCACAGCUUGGUGACGCGGGUGUGUCCUCAAAGCUGCAGGAGAUGCAGACCAAGGCUGCGUCAAUGGAGCAUCAGCUGCAGCUGAUCGCAGCAGGAGGAGCAGCAGCAGCGGCAGCAGUGGGAGGCGCGGCAGCAGCAGAGGAGGGCGGGGCAGCAGCUCGUGGCGUCCUGCAAUCCCCAGCGCCCUUCCCUGCCGAAUCCGUUUCUCUCCCUAUUUCUAUCCGCUUUGUGCUGCCUCUUUCCCCUUUGAUACUCCCUUCACAGGAGACUAUCCCAGCUGCCGCUCAGGGGAAGGCAGGGAAGCUGGUUACCACAGCGGUUGCAGGGGGGGCAGCGGGUGGGAAAGGUGCCGCUGCUGCGGUUGGUAGUGGUGGUGUGGGAGGGGGAGCGGAGGAGGGCGUGUGGGAGACGCAAGGGGGAGCGGGCAAGGGAGGGAAGAAGGGCGGGAAGAAGGGGGGUGGAGACAAGGGCAAAGCAGCACCAGCAGCAGCAGGUGGGGCAGCAGCAGGCGCAGCAGGGGCGGCUGCAGUGGAGGAGGCUAGGAGGAAGCUUGAAGAGGCAGCAGCAGAGAGCAGCAAGCUGAGGGGCCAGGUGGAGGCAGCAGAGGCAGAGGCAUCGAGGCUGCGGGUGCUGUGGCUGGAUGCAGAGGCGAGGCGGAAGCAGCUGAAGGAGGUGUUGGCUGCUGCCUCUGCUGCUGCUGCUGGCGGUGGUGGAAAGUCCCCGGCAGCAGCAGCAGCCCAGAACGGGGUCCCGGCACCAGUAGCGCCAGUAGCAGCGGUUCAACCCGAGCAGCAGCAGGGGCAGCAAGGGCAGGAGGGGCCACAGCUGACGCCAGAGCAGCUGCACCAGCUGCGGUGUGCGCAGCAGCUGGGGGUGGUACAUGCUCUCGAGUCUGUGCUGCAGCGCCCGCACAUGCCCCUGCCAGGGCACGCAGGAGGGCCCUUCUCGGGAGCUCCCGAUCGGGAGGCAGCAGUGAUGGCGGUGGUGGGUCAAGCGGUGGAGAAUCACCUCAGUGCGCUCUCCGCCCUGCUGCACGCCAAGCUUGAUCAACUCAAAUCAGCCGGAGAGCGCCUGCAGUUUUCGCAGGAGAAGCUGCAGAAGAUGAAGGCAGAGAAGGACGCUCUGAAGGGCAAGCCGCAGCUGGCCGCAGCUCUCGCCAGGCCACUGCAAGCCAUUGAGCAGAUGCACAAGACCCGAGUGAAUGAAGUGCAGUCAGUCAUGGCGGAGGCAGAGGCGCUCGAAGCAGCACUGCAGAAGCCACAGCUGCGGUCGGCAGUGGCGCUGCUGCCGCCCAUGCCGUCAGUCAACGACUUCUUACAGCAGAUAGGCGUCACGCUGCACCAGGUAUGCAUGUGGGCGAGUGGGUGCAGUGAAGCGUGA